GUGGUAAUUGCCGACAGGUGCGUCAGCUGGGCGGGGUCUUACUGCGGAGGUUCCGGAGGGGAGUCAGCGGUAGCUCCGCAGAGAUGGCUCUGAGGACGUCAGCCCCUUUGGCCAAAGCAACCUCUCUGUAAGAGAGUUAAGCUUUGCUGGGUUUGCUCUAUUUUCCCCCUGCAGUGACCGAUAACUAAUAAACCAUCGGCAGAAAUGGCAGAAAAAACUCCUUUACUCAAUUACCGACUGCCCGCCAGCUCCGCUGCACCCAUCCCCGGGGAUGAGUGUGAGGGGGUCGGGCAGCCGUCGGCUACAGACGCUCCCCGGUCCGCGGCCCGCAAGCUGGGAGUGAUGUUCGGGGUGGUCAUACCGACCUUACUGUCCAUGUUUAGCGUCGUGGUGUUCCUGCGGAUUGGAUUUGUUGUGGGUCAGGCAGGACUGUACCACUCCAUCAUCAUGUUGCUGGUGGCCUACUUCAUCAUCACAAUGACUGUUCUUUCCAUUUGUGCCAUCUCCACUAAUGGGGCUUUAGAGGCUGGUGGUGCCUACUACAUGAUUAGUCGAGCCCUGGGUGCUGAGUUUGGCGGCAGUAUUGGCAUCAUGUUUUUUCUUGCUAAUGUCUGCGGCUGUGCUCUGUAUGUUUUGGGCUUGGUGGAGGCCAUCGUGUCUUCCUUUGGAGUGCCAGAAGAGAGCACGGCAGGCUUUCAUCAGAUGUUGCCGACGGGAUACUGGUGGUGCCUGCUUUAUGGCACCAUCCUCCUCUUUCUGUGUUUUGUAGUGUGUUUGGUGGGAGCCCACAUUUAUGCCAAAGCUACCUUUAUCAUUUUUAUCAUCGUCCUGACUGUUCUGGCUUCAAUCGUCAUCAGUUUUUUCGUUGUGGGGCACACCGUGGUGAUCCUUCCCGAAACCUCUCUAACCAACAGUACAAGAAGGACUGCUAACUAUACGGGCCUCUGGCUCGGCACGUUGAAGGACAACCUUUUCUCUAAUUACACAGUUGACUACACCACUGGCAGCGUGAUGAGUUUCGCCCGAGUUUUUGCAGUCCUGUUCAACGGGUGCACAGGAAUCAUGGCAGGCUCCAACAUGUCAGGUGAUCUGAAAAACCCCGGCUUCUCCAUCCCAAGAGGAACGCUUGCAGCUGUUCUUACAACCUUCAUCGCGUACAAUCUGCUGAGUCUGCUGGCUGCAGGAUCCUGUGACCGUUACCUUCUGCAGAGAGACUACAGCUUUCUGGGAGACAUCAAUGUAUGGCCACCCAUGGUGACAGUUGGUAUCUACUCCUCCGCCAUGUCUGCUGCAAUGAGUAACCUUAUAGGAGCUUCCAGGAUCCUGUAUGCUCUGGCCAAAGAUAACUUACUGGGUGGUGUCCUGGCGCCAGCGAGGAGAACAUCCCACAGUGGGAACCCCUGGGUUUCUGUACUUAUCUCCUGGUUGCUUGUACAGGUGGUGCUGUUUGCUGGGAAAUUGAACACCAUAGCUGGCAUUGUUACCAUCUUCUUCUUGUUGGUGUAUGCUGCUGUAAAUCUGGCCUGUUUAGCACUUGAAUGGGCGUCUGCACCAAAUUUCAGACCAUCUUUCCGUUGUUUCACAUGGCACACCUGCACUCUUGGGAUCUUUGGAUGCCUGGUUAUGAUGUUCUUGAUCAGUUCUAUUCACGCUUUUGCCAGCAUAGCAUUUAUGCUGCUCCUCUGGAUGCUCAUACACUACCUGGGGCCCAUCAGCAACUGGGGCUACGUCAGUCAAGCUCUCAUCUUCCAUCAGGUGCGUAAGUAUUUGUUGUUGCUGGAUGUGCGUAAGGACCAUGUGAAGUUCUGGAGGCCACAGGUGCUGCUUAUGGUUGCAAACCCUCGCACCUGUACGAGUCUCAUGACCUUCAUCAAUGACCUGAAGAAAAGUGGCCUGUACGUCCUGGGACAUGUGAAGCUGGGGCUGCUUGAUAAUUUGCCAACCGAUCCCCUGCAGAGCUCCUACGACUCCUGGCUGUCCUUGGUGGAUCAUUUAAAAAUCAAGGCCUUUGUAAACCUGACUCUGGCUGAUUCUGUUCGGCAUGGAGUUCAGAAUCUGCUGUUCAUCUCAGGCUUUGGUGGAAUGAGGCCAAACACUCUUGUUUUGGGUUUUUAUGAUGAUUGUACACCUGAGGACGGCCUUGGCUCUGAUGGGUCGUGUCCAAACGCAGAUUCUGGACAGCAGAGCAUCUUCUUUCCACGGGUCCGAAGGCCUGAUGAACCUAAAUACCUCCAGGAAGGGGAAUAUGUGUCCAUUAUUGCCGACGCUGUUAAAAUGGGAAAGAAUGUGGCUCUGGCUCGUUAUUUGAAUCAGUUCAACCGGGAGGAAGUCUUGGGCCUCCAAAGCUCAGUGGGACCAUUUGUGGACUUGUGGCCUCUGAACCUUCUUCAUCCAAACAGCCACGGAUACGUGAACAUCUGCUCCCUGUUCCUGCUGCAGCUGGCCUGCGUCCUCCAAGAAAGCCGGGCCUGGAACCGGGCAAGACUUCGCCUCUUCCUGUGUGUGGAGGCGGGCUGUACGCUGCCGGAGGACGAGGAGGAGAAGCUCCAGAAGAUGCUGAAGGAACUGAGGAUAUCGGCUCAGGUCCAAACUGUGGUCUGGGACCAGGUGGUGGCAAUGCACUGGCAGAGACAAGGAGGGAGAGGAGGAGAGGAAGAUUUUCUACAGAACGAUGAGAUGAGGUCGAGACCAGAAGAUGAGAAUCAAGAUGGCGCCCAAAUGUUUCCCUAUAACGCUUCUCAUUUAACAGAUGAGUAUAUCUGUGCUGUCAACAGCUUGAUUUGUCGCCAUGGCUCUCCUAAGCCAGCUGUGCGGUUUUUGUAUUUGCCCCACCCACCAGCAGAUACCAGCCGUUAUCACGCCUACCUUCGUCAAGUGGACUCGUUAAGUAGGGACCUUGGCCCGACGCUGCUCAUCCAUGGAAUCACUCAUGUUGUCACUACUGACCUCUAAAUCUUUAUCAGCAUCUCUGAACUUAACGACCAAAGCAGCAGUUUACCUAGAAUACUAUGAUUAAGAGUAAGCCUGCUGAUUUUUAGUUUGAAACAGGUUCUUGGGCGUUUUAGGCGUCACUUAGACCAAAGUAAAACAUAUUUUCAAAUUUUUAUAACAAAAGUGACAAAAAACCCAACGAUGUCCUUGUGUAUGUUUAUCGUUUGGCCAGGGUUUGAAAUUUGUUGCAUAAGGGUGUGGACUUGGUGUUUGUGUACUUUGACUUCUUAUACUUGUUAUAUUAAAAUUAAUUCUCAAAAGCUUUGU